GCAGAGAUACUAAGAGAAACUGCUUUACUUCACUCAUUAGGACAUCUUUAAAAUUAGUACCAACAUCAAAGAUGACUACACUAACACAGUUAUUUCCUCUAUUGGAUUUUGUGCAGAUGCCUGCAUCCCCACUAAAACUACCAGCAGCUUACAGCAUAAGUGAACCUCGGUACAAUGCAGAGAUUAGCCAACUCGUCUGGAGAAGGAACAGUCCUUCAAGAGUGGAGAUAAAGGAGAGUUCAAAAAGGUCAUGUACAAGCUGGUGAAGACAAUCAAAGCUGCCAAAUAACAAUAUUCCGUCAAACGCUGAAACCAGUUUUCUACAAAUGACUGUUCUUCAGUCUGGAAAGGCUUUCAGUCCAUUACUAACUACAAAAAGAAGGCACCCAUCUGCCCCCAUGGCCCCUUCUCCCAAACCAGUUAACAAAUUCUACUGCAGACUUGACUCACAUUUCAACGACUUCCUUCAGUGCUCAUUUAGCCAAACUAUUAAUAAUAUUUAUUCAACAGUGAUGAACUAGUAGAUAUUGGAAUGCAGAAGACUUUUGGUACGACAGUUCAUGAAACAAAGCAAGAUAAUACGUGCAUGAUAUGAAUUUUUUUUAUUGCAACAUGUUCAAAAGUAGCAAAAUUACAUCUAUAGAAAACAUUGAUGACACCAUGCCACAAGCAAAAGUUUACUAUUUUGUACUCUGUAGUUGAGAUUGGAUCUGAUUGCCAUGAACUACGCAAUUUAGUGUCAAUAAGUUAGUACCUGGAAUAAAGAGAGGUUGUUUAUUUCUGGCCAGAACCUAUGGAAUUGGAGACAGGACUAAAGGCUGAGGGGACAACAUGUCUGAAAAGAAAUGUUUUGAGGGUACUCCUCUGUUCUCGUGGAUGUUUGCGAAGAAGAAUUUCAGGAUGUAGAUUGUCUACAUUUCUCUGACAUUAAAUGUAUCUAUUGAAGCCUAUUGAAUUUGAAGGAUAUGGCUCUCACUGGCAAGGACAGCAUAUGUCGCCCAAAUUAAUUGACCAGGAGGAAGGUUUAGACUCAGAAAUGUUAAAGGAAUGUAAUAUAUUUCCAUGUCAGGAUACUAAGUUGGAGAAACUGCAGAUGCCCUUGGUGGCAGAAGUUGCAGUUUUGGGAGAUGUUGCUGGAGUAACCUAGACCCCGGUAUAAAGGCGAUCAAGGCCUGAGCCCAGCCUCUCAGUCUCCAGGAUGUAGCAUUGUGGUCACUCACUGCUUGUUCCUUCUUCAGUCAAUAAAAGCCGAUAUCUCGCCUUUACUUCUCAGAGUGAGUUAUUGAUGGUGCAUCAAUUUUAUUGACUGGAAGUUUUAAAACAUGGAAACCGUUUUAUAUCUGUGAAGAUUGGAUUUGGACCCCCAAGACCCUGAAGCAGCUCUUGCCUUUGAACUCUGGCUUGCAUGCUUCCAAUCAUACUUGGAGGAGGUUCGUGUGUCUGAACCCGCCGUUAUGCACAGAAUUCUCCUCUCGAGGGUCACCACAAAAGUUUAUUCAUUUAUCAGGGACCUGUCGACCUAUGAAGGGGCACUGGACGCCCUCAAAAGACAGUACCUGCGGCCGGUGAACACCGUCUACACAAGACAUCGCUUAGCUAUGCGACGACAGCGGCCUGGAGAGUCAAGCGCCAAGUUUCUCUGAGCCCUACAGACACUCGUCCGAACUUGUGACUGCAAAACACACAUGGCGGAACAGCAUGCGGAGCUCCUGGUAAGAGAUGCCUCCGUUACAGGACUGAGGUCAGUGUACAUGUGUCAGAGGUUUCUGGAAAAAGCCGAUCUUACCUUGCGCUCGGCGAUCGAGACGGCCGACGCACUGGAGACUGCUCUGCACAACGCUGACGCUGUCCAGUUGCGCGAUUCCCCGCCGGUUCCCGCUAGCGAAUUCGCCAACGCCACUGCCAGUCGCAAUUCCACGAACUCCCUGAACCCGACCACGGCUGCGGCCAGGCGAAAGCCUGAGCUGUGUUAUUUCUGCGGAGUCGAAAAGCACCCCCAAAAACGCUGUCCGGUGCGAGAAGCGACCUGCUCCAGCUGCGGGAUGCAGGGCCAUUUCGCCAAGGUCUGUAAGUCUAAACUACGAGCGGGGUCGGGCAGUGCUGCGGCUGAGACAUGGGGGCCGCCAUCUUGCAUGCCCAGAUGUGAGCGGCCAUCUUUGUCAGCGUCAGUAUGCCCCGCCCCUGACCUGUGUGAGACAUGGGGGCUGCCAUCUUGCAUGCCCAGAUGUGGGCGGCCAUUUUUGUCAGCGUCAGCGUGGCCCGCCCCCGACCCACCGGUGUUUACCGGGCACCAAAACGGCUCAACUCUGGCCACCGUAACCCUCGACCAAAGCGCCCCACACCAUCUUGCAAGGUCAAUGAUGGACAUCCUGGUGGAGGGGCACAGGACUAGCUGCCUGUUUGACACAGGCAGCACUGGGAGUUUUAUUGACCCGGACACAGUGCAACGCUGCGGACUCAUGACACGCCGGUAAGUCAGAGGAUCACUUUGGCUUCUGGGUCACAUUCCACAGACAUCCGGGGGGGUUGUGUAGCGACAUUGGUGGUGCAAGGCACAGAAUAUCGGAACUUUGUGCUACUGGUCAUGCCUAAAUUGUGCGCACCUCUGCUUUUGGGGCUGGACUUCCAGAGCCACCUAUAAAGUGUGACUAUGGCAUAUGAUGGGCCCCUUCCACCACUCACUGUCAGGAAUCCUCAGUUUGGUGGGACUUCAUCACAUACCCCGCUACUGACCGCGCACACACACCGAACCACAUGUUCCACCCAGCACCACGCCGACAGCUGCGCUACCGACACCACUUGCAGUCUCUCCACCCUCAAGAUCCCUCCUCCAUCGCUGUUCGCAAACCUGACCCCUGACUGUAAUCUGUGGCAACUAAAAGCAGGAGGUACAACAUGGGGACAGGGGCUUCAUUCAGUCAGAGGUGCAGCGGCUGCUCAGGGAGGGGAUCAUUGAGCCAAGCACAAGUCCUUGGAGGGCCCAGGUGGUCGUUGUUCGGACAGGGCAGAAAAAUAGGAUGGUCGUGGACUAUAGCCAGACCAUCAAUAGGUUCACGCAGCUUGACGCGUACCCCCUACCCCACAUCGCGGAUAUGGUCAACCAGAUAGCUCAGUACAGGGUGUACUCGACCAUAGAUCUGAAAUCCACUUAUCACCAGCUCCCCAUCCACCCAGAGGACUGCCCCUACACUGCCUUUGAGGUGGGUGGCAGGCUCUAUCACUUCCUGCACGUCCCCUUCAGUGUCAGAAAUGGUGUCUCUGUCUUCCAGAGGGAAAUGGACCAGAUGGUGGGCCAGUGCCAACUGAAGGCCACAUUUCCCUAUCUGGAUAAAAUCACCAUCUGUGGUCACGACUGGUCGGAUCACAAUGCCAACCUCCAACGAUUUCUCCAAGUGGCCGAAGCUCUGAACCUUACUUAUAACAGGGACAAGUGUGUGUUCAGAACCACCUGACUCGCUAUCCUUGGGUAUGUCGUGGAAAACGGGGUCAUUGGCCCUGAUCCUGACCGUAUGCCCCCUGUUAGAACUCCCUCUUCCCACCACUCUCAAAGCCCUCAGACGGUCCCUGGGUUUUUUUUUUCCUAUUACACCCAAUGGGUCCCCCGUUACGCAGACAAGGCCCGCCCCCUGGUCAAGGCUACCACUUUUCCCCACUCUGCUGAGGCCUGCGCGGCCUUCAGCUGCAUUAAAGGGGACAUUGCCAAAGCAACGAUGCAUGCGGUGGACGAGACCAUUCCCUUCCAAGUAGAGUGAUGCCUCCGAUUUCGCACUGGCUGCUACCCUCAAUCAGGAAGGCAGGCCAGUAGCAUUCUUUUCUCGUACCC